AUGUUAGAAGGGGGAUGUUUUGAUAUUACAAGGAAAGAAUUGAUUGGAAGUUUUCAACUAAACUUUUGGAAGAAGAAUUUUUAAAUUAAUCCAUUUGAUGUCUUAAGUGAUGAUGAAAUAAGAAGAGCUAUCAAAAAUGGUAUUAAACAAACUCUAUUUUUUAACGAAGAAGCAUUUGUGAAAUUAAUAAGACAAUAGCAAUAGAUCUCAAGAUUAAGAAUGCCUUCUCUAGAAUGUUCUCAUAUGUAUUCUCUAAUUAUUAAAAUUUUUUUUUGAGCUAUCUUUUUUAUUUAAAAGAAAUGAUUUGUAUAAAUUUAAUUUUUUAACAAACAAAAGAAAGUUUGAUGAAAAAUAUUUUGAAGAAUUAAGAAGAGUUGUGAAUUAAAUUUCAAUUUCAGAAAUAGAAAGAUCUGAUAUAUUUGCCAAUAGAGUUUCAGAAGUUAUUUAAAAUCUAUUAAACAAAUGUUAAUUUAAUUGAAGUUGAAAUAAGAUAUAUAUACUCAAGUCAUCCAGAUUUUGUAUCUGGAAUGAAAAUCGUUCAUAAGCAUGAAUAAAGAUAAGAUAAUAAUAAUAAGUUUAAAAAUAGAAAGAGAAAUUGCUUAUUUAAUGGUAUAAACAAAUUGAAAAUUUUUUUCAAUUUUUGCCCUUUCAAAUAUAAUAAGCAAACAGAACUCAAUACUAGUAAUUUAGACAAAUUAAAUAAGAUGAGAAAAACAAAUAUAAAUAGUUAAAAAUAACAAAAAUCAUAAUAACUAGAGGAAAGUCAAAUUUUGUAAUAAUAAUUAGUGAUUAAUAAGAUAAUUUCUGUGAAUCAAUUGUAUUUUAUGAAUGAUCCUAAAAGAUAAUUACUUUAAGUUCCAAAUACAUAAAAGAUUACUGAGAAACCAUCUAAAUAAAAGCUAGUAAACAGAAAUGGAUAUGAUAAAGGAUUUACUAGUGUUUUAUGUUAAUUUAGUAAAAAAGAAUAUUUUUGUUCAGUUCCAGAGACAGUUUAUAAUAUUUUUAGUAAAUUAAUCAAGAAAUUUUUGUGAAAGAGAAUUAAUAAGAGUAUUGUGUAAAUAAGAAUUAGUAGAUGAAUUAUUACAAAAGAAUUAAUCUAUAUAAAAAUCAAAAGUAGAGACUAAAUAAUCUUUGAUUAGUUUAAGGACAUAUUUGAAUUUAUUGAAUGAUUUGGAUUAAAAAAUUCUGACAUUAUUUAAUAAUAUAAAAUUAAUUGAAAUUCAUUAAAAACACACAUAUUAUAAUUAAUCUUUUAAUUAAUUUUUUUUACUUGUUCAAUGCUCAAUCAAAACCUAAUUUAAGAAUUUGAAGAUUAGUAGAUGGAUAAAGUCCUAAAAAUUGGAGUUAAAUAGCUAAACAUUUACCAGAUCUAAUUGGGAAGUAAUAGGUAAUAAUAUAAUUUAAUAAAUAGAUUUCAUAAUCAUUUAGAUCCUAAGAUUAAUAAGGAAAGAUGGACAGAUGAAGAAGAUUAAACUAUUCUAGAAGCUCAUAAAAAAUUAGGAAAUCUUUGGUCUUUUGCUGGAUUAUCGAAAGGUAGAACAGAUAAUUCUAUUAAAAAUUAUUAGAAUUGCACAUUAAAAAGAAGAUUAAAGAUGUAAAAUAGAUAGGAAGAUUUAUAAGUAUUAUAAAAUUAAGAUAAUACUUAAAUUUAAGGUAUUCCAAAAAGAAAUAUGUAAAAAAAAAAUUAUUUAUUAAGAAAUACCAGUGAAAAUGAUCAAAUAUGAUCCUGUUAUGAUAAUUGAAUUUUCAAACUCCAUAAUAAUUUCCAUCAAGUAAAAAGACUAAUUAUUAUUUUAUUUAGAACUAGAGUUAGUUUCAAAAUAUUUAUUCAUUGUAUUUCCAAAUUACAAUUACAAAAAGUUAAUGAAUCUUUCUAGUGUAUGCCUAAUUAUAUUAUUAAUAUAAACUAUAUUCAAUUAAAUAAAUAUAAUGGUAGAAGAAAAGAGAUUUGA